AUGUUCAACACCUCGCUGCGCCGAGUGGCGCGGACUUGCUCCCAUGCCUCGCCGGCCUCCUCCCGCCAGACCACACCGUCUGUCAGUGUAGCGUCUUUCACCUCCCACGCCCAUCAGCGGCGACAUUCCUCCUCGAAGCCUCCGGUGCCGCCCAACAAUGGCUCCUCCGCCAUCCCAGCCGCCUCGGUCAAGCAAGUAGGAGCACCGAGAUCGGACACGAAGCGGCCGGCGGCCGAGUCACGCUCGUCGAAGAAACGGGCUUCCAAAGACAAGCUGGAGGCAAAGCAAGAAUCUCAGGCUGACUGGACCUGGAACCUUCCCUCGGUCCCCAGUCUGCAACAUUUGAAUCCGAAAGAUAUCUACGUCGCCUCUUUCUUCUCGACUCACCGCCCCAUGUCCAUCACGGGCCCAGUCCCACCAGAGACCGCCAUCGAAGCAAUCGACAAGAUGUUCCAACCGAAACCAAAGUCCAAGGCCCGCCCUGCGCCUCACGAGGUCAUCUAUACACUGGCUUCAGCGGUUGAGCAUCUAGACGACCAGAUAGCGAGCAAGCAAGGAGACCAACAGAUGCAGAGUGCCGAGCAAAAGGCCGCAAUCAUCAAAGCCCUUAUGCAGCGCAAUGAGAACCCUGCGGAUCCAAAUCGGACAGUGCAUUUGGAUGGCGUUUCAAAUGGAGGAAAUGUUAGACUUGUCAUCCAAGAAAUUGCACGACGCUUCAGGCCGUUCAACGUCCCUCCUCCCCCCACUCCAAUCACCGACGCCGAGAUUGACGCCGCUGAGGCUGCUGCUGCAACUGCCGAGGCCAACGAGGAAAUGCAGGCCAGAACUCUGCAGCUGGAAAUCGAACAGCAGGAUCAGGAUCCGUACAUCCAACAGGUCGUUUUCAAUACUCCGCAGGAGUCAGAUCUGCAGAACAGCGGGUUCUUCACCAGCCAUGGUGCUACCACGUUGGAGAUGGAAGACACACGUGGUGUGCAAGAAAUCCAAGAUCCGACCUUUGGAGGGCGCCUUGGUGGACGAAGAAAUGUCAUUCGGAGGAGUCCUGGAAUGUACGCCAUCAGCGUCAAGAGACAGAGGCGACUGAAGAUGAAGAAGCACAAGUACAAGAAGCUGAUGCGUAAGACAAGGAAUCUGAGGAGGAAACUCGGACAGAUAUAA